AUGGGAAAAUGGAUUUUGCCACUUUUUCUCCAGCAAUCACGGGAUCUCUUUGUGACCCAGAGGAAGCUGAGCUGGAAAUAUAAACUGGCCCUUUUUGCUCUAUGCAGCGCCAUCAGUUUUAAUAGCAAACCUGUUUGCUUUCUACCUGGGUAUUCCUUCCUGUUGGACUAUCCAAUGCUCUCUAUCAUCACAGUCAAUAUUUUAUGGAUUCUCCUGUCUAUAAAUCUGUACUUUUUCCAGUAUUUUCGCUGCUUUGUGGUGGUAUUCUUCCUUUCUUGUGGAUUGCGCGAAGGCAGAAACACUCUCAUUGCUGCUGGAACGGCGAUGGUGGUUGCUGGCAACACAAAUAUUUUUUUCAACCUGAAGCAGCUGGCAGACAGUGUGACUUGUGCUCUCCGUUCCCACAACUGGACUUUCCUUGACCUCACCUAUCUUAAAGCAAUCCGGUGGAUUACAGUCAAUUGAGGAUUUCAACACAUCUGUUUGUGGUGCGUGACAGUUUAAACAUGUCCUUUUUUGGUUUCAGACGAAGACCUGAAGCUGCAACUGGAAAAAAACAAGACUGAGCUUCACAAUAUCUCCAGCCAGAUCUCCUCCAUAAUAGCUCUACAGUCCCUUUUGGGCAAGAAAGUGCUGCCUUUUGUGGGGACAAUUUUGGUUCUGCUUGGCACAUACCUCUUCAUCCGAAACUUCCUGAGACCACAGACCAUCAGGUUUAAGAACACGUACAUUACACGAGGGUUCAUCAAGUACAAUGAGCAAGUAUGGCAGCAGGAAAAGCUCUCGGUGCUCCCCCUGAGUAAAGAAGAGAGAAACGUGUAUUCGCUGGUGCCGUCUUUUUGCCAAACACCUAAAGAAAGGAAAUGCACAGCACGCUUUUUUCUCCCUGUGCUUGCUAACCUUUGCAUUUGGGUCGUCUUUUCAGCAGUAGAUUAUUUGCUUUACGGCUCAUUUUUUCCCGUGAGCAAGCAUCUCCACGAUUUCCCUGAGCUAGAGGUCCACUUCAAAUUAUAUUACCACAAAAAUGCAGCUAAAUUUAUCUUGAACAAUGGGGAGAUUGUUGACAAGACUAUUUACUUUAAGACACCCCUUUUUGAAGAGAGCUGCAUUCCCAAACCAAAGAUUUCCCUCUCUGCUACGUGGAUCCAACUUGGAGUUAUUUUGUUCUUUCUAAUCGUGUUGGGGCUUAUGACGUCUAUACUCACACAACUUAAAAUAUUAGUGGCAACUGCGUUCUUUCCGAGCACAGACAUGAAACGGCUAAAGUAUCUGCACACAAAAUUGUUAAACAGAAGAUCCAAGUUCUCCGGGAAAAACGUGAAAAGGAAACUUAAUUCAUUUGCAAAGUUGCAUUUUUGGUUUCCCAUCUUCCAGGCGCUGGGAAAUGCCAGGAAGAAACCAACCAAGGUGGAAAAAGAAAGUCCUAUUUUAUAGCAUUAACUACAGGUUCUCAAGCUCAACAUUUUGCCUAGUGAAGAGCUCUUGGAACUUCAAAUGUUUGGGUGUGUUUUGCAAAAGACUGAUUGCCUUAAUAUGAAAUUUGAAAACAUUAAAGAAAUAUUUAAAAAUGUAAGGCUCCAUUAGUAAAAAAAAAAAAAA